ACCGCGCGUGUGUUUCGCGGGUUGCCGCCCACUGUUUGUGUGUUGAUUGUGAGAUCGAGGAUUGUGAUUGACUUUGUGCAAUAUCGCUGAUAGCGAGUUUGUGCUGGUGAUACUUGCAGUGCCGUGUAUACAUUCCGGUGUCAAACGCCCUGAACUGAAGCACUCGCCAUUCCAACGAGUCUUGGGAAUUGAGAUUUCAGCCUAUGAACAGUGAACACCGUGGAGCGGGGACAUUUAUGAACUUUAACGAUUAUAGUGGAUCAGCUGCAAUUUUAAUAUGACAUAAGUCCAUGCCAAGUGUUCAUGACAUUAUUAUGCCGUUCGUGAUUCUACAAGGCUUAUGUCUAUGGGAAAGAAACACCAUGCUGGGGAAAAGCUAGAUUGUAGUUCAAGUUAUGAUACUGCCACCUGCAAUGUUUUUGAUGGAGGGUGUGGCUGCGCAGUGGGUGCAGCGGGAUGCUCAGGAUCUCCUGCAUGCCCAGGAUCUGGAGUCUGGAGCUGCUGGAACUCUCCAGAACCAUUCGAGUCAUCUUUAUCCUCGGGACGAAGCAGCCGUCUUGGUUCGGAGGAUACACCGAGAUCUCAUCCACGGAGCGCAGAGAGCAGCCGCCGCUGGUCGCGGCCGGUGACGCGGCCGUCGUCGUCCGCCGAGGCCGGCUCACGGGGUCACGGGCCCGGCCGACCCGGCGCGCAGCCGGUCGGCGCCGAGUGCCGCGGCGCCCCUGGCAGGGGGUCGGCCGAGCGGGCUGGCGAGGUGGCCGCCCGCCGCCCCCGCCCCCGGCCGCCCGGCGCGCUUCGACACCUUCUGAUGCUGCUGCUCCUCUCGUCAGUAUUCCGGAUAGCAGAUGGCUGCUCGUCGCGCGCCAACCCCAAGCCCCGAGGGCCGUCCUCACCAUCGACACGACGGCCCUCGUUCACGUUCAACACAGAGCCGUGCCCGCCCAUGUACCAGGCCAAGUACUGCCUGCACGGCUCCCGCUGCUUCAAGGUCAACAUCGGACAUAACCCCGUCUACAGUUGCGAGUGCACGGACGGCUUUAUGGGUCAACGGUGCGAGUACAAGGAUCCAGACGGCUUCUAUCCUCAUCUGAGGCGCUCAGGCUCCCGGGACGCCAUCGUUGAGCAGGCGUCUAUCGCCGGAGGUGCGGGCGUGGCUCUGCUGGUCUGUCUGCUCCUAUCCGGACUGCUUUACGUGUGGAGCAAACGGCGCAGCAAGUCGGCGGCGUCGAGCGGCCAGGUGACGCCCCGGUUCGGGCUGCGCCAGCCGACCUCUCACGUGGUCGAGAUGGAGCCACCGACGAUACCGGCGGCAGCCAAUCAGCAGCCGAGCCCAGCUGACGUCAUCGAACUGCAGCCCGUUGAUAGGUGGACGCCGCCGCAGCCGCCGGCUACGCAGACUGUACCGCAAGACACGCCGGCGGGCGAGGCUCCCACGGCGGCUCCCGCGGCGGCUCCCGUGGCGGCUCCCACUGCUCCCGCGGCUCCUGGGGAAGCUCCCCAGGCGACCGGAGCCGGAAAGGAGCCUACUGGAUCUACCGAUGAUGGAAAUUCAUCUCACUCGGACUCUGUUGAGCCACAAAGCCGGCAAUGCGACAGACCGCCCUAGGGCUACAGUGACGACUUUCGGUGAGCCGUCGCCUGCCCCGCUGCCUUAAGUCAUUGCGGUUACUUCUGAUUCUUCUGCGGUGCUGGCAGCGGCGGCGGCGGUGGUCAGAAAGUCGAAGAAGGAAAGAGCGAGGGAGUGAGUGAGAGCGAGAGUGGCGGGCCGCCCCGCGCGCUCGUUUCUGCUAGUCUGGAUGAGGGGCCGCUGAGCGUCGUGUCAUACUUCAAUACGUGAACGCGCAGUAAGGAGGGGGUGGGGCGGAUGGGCGGCCGGCCGGCGGCUCGCUCCAUGUGUAAAUACUUUCCCCGCUGUCGUGUGACUGAGCGAGAGAAUGUGCGACUGAGAUGGACUAUUUAUUGCUGGUGAGCCGUUUGUAGGUGUGACUGUGCGUCAGUGCACGCGCGCGCCAACACACUAUGAAUUUUUAGCAUUUUGUCUCCGGUGUGAUCUCGGCGUCUGUGGCGCCGCCGGGCGGGGUUUUAGCGCAACGAUAGUUCUGUUAUCGGCCGCGCGGCGGCGCUGGUGGCGCGGCGGCCGGUGGCGGCGCGUUAGUCUGUUGUGUUUUGUUGAGAUGUGACGCCACCCUGACCGUGUUUUAUUGGUGACCGCGCCGGACGGUCGGCGCGGCCGACUAGGGGGGGCCCCCCUCCCCGGGCGUCGGGCCGCGCCGCCGUCCGCCGCCGCCGCGCCGGUGAUUGCCGCGGCGCGGAAUCUGAUUGGUGAGCGCGCCUCGGAGGCUGUGUCCGUAUUGACAGAGUUCCUUGCUGUUUGUACGUGUGGCAUAGUCGUGCUGCGCUUGUAUAGCAUGUGAUUGGUGGCGACAAAGUUCCUCGUAUAUCAGAAUGUAGCGUAUUAUAUGGCACUCACCAAGAUUGAAUUUGUAUAUAAAUAAAGAUGACUUUGCAAUG